AUGAGUAACGAGCGAAAUUCUGGUAUUGCGGACAAUAAUGCAUCUUCUAUGCAUAUCACUCAUAAUAACGUGAUGCCAGCAGUAAUGGCUGGGACUACAGCUGCCGUGUUUCAAACUGUGAUUUCGCAUCCCUUUGAAUACGUGAAGACAGGUUUACAGCUACAUCGAAGUCUUCCUGGCGCGGAACCCCUACAAAUGAUACACCCGGUGAAAUACUAUUUCAGUGGGUGCUCGGCGUUGAAUGUAGGGGUGCUAAUUAAGACGGCUGCUCGGUUUUCGACUUUUGAAUGGGCUUGUAAAGCCUUACAGGACCCCAGUUUACCCGAGGAACCGAUAAAGGGUGUACGGUUACUUGUUGCAGGAGCCAUCACUGGGUUUGUCGAAAGUCUCUGCGUGAUUCCUUUUGAAAGUAUCAAAACUACAAUGAUAGAGAAUAGUAUCUUGGUAUCGAGUCAGGCGGUAGGGCCGGAAAAACCAAUUAAAUCCGCAGUUAAUGCUGGUUCGCCUGUAAGACGGACAUUUCAUAAUCCUGUUCUGGAAAACCGGGAAUCGAUCCAUCGGUACUAUGAACAGCAUCCAUCCCGUAAUUUAAUUUCCGCCGUUAAGGAGAUGUACAUGACUCGUGGAGUGCGAGCUUUUCUACAGGGUAGCAUGCCUACGAUAACUAGGCAGCUUGGAAAUUCCGUCGUUCGAUUUACUGUAUAUACAUGGUUAAGACAGCUGAUAUCUCCUAACAAGGCACCAAACGAGCUCCAGGCAACGGGUCUAGGAAUUGUGUCCUCGGGAGCUGUGGUGUUACUGACGCAGCCCAUCGAUGUCGUUAAGACUCGGAUGCAAGGGAAGCAUGCGUUGUUUUUAUACCGGAACUCUUUGGAGUGUGCUUAUAGAAUUUUCGUUGAAGAAGGUUUCAGACAUAUGUGGAAAGGAUGGGUCCCUAGGCUAUUUAAGGUUGGCUUAUCGGGCGGGAUCUCUUUUGGUGUGUACCAAUACUUUGAGAAUCUAUUUACGCAUAUGGCCAAAAGCUCUGCGAUGAAGCCUUGA